AUGACUGGAGAUCUUACUGUAGAUUUUGAUUAUAUUGCGAACAACAUACAAUCAUAUAUUGAUCAAGAAAACUUUUUUGAUAUUCUUGAAAAAGAAGAUAUCCCAAAAGUCAUAGAGAAAACAAAUCUAAAUUCAAAUGCCUUCAAAGCUCUUCUUUCUCAAGGCAAAACAAAAUACAAUGCAUCUAAAAUGUAUGGAUUUGUCCGAAAGUGUACCAUUUCAGUUAAUUCAUUAGAAGAAUUGAUUAACGUUCUCAAAAGUUACAAAAAGCACCUGAAACUUAAAUCAUCUGGUGGUUUAAUCAAUUACUUAGAGAAAUACAAGGCAGACAAUAUUACAAAUUCUCAAGAAGUUUCGAAAUUACAAAAUGAAAUACAAAACUUAAAAGCAAAGAUUAUGAGUUUAGAGAACGAAAUUAAUCAAUAUAAAGAUGAAACUAACAGAUAUAAAGAUGAAACUAAUAAAUGCAAAAAUGAAAUAUCAAAUCUGAAAAAUUACAUUGAUUAA